AUGCUUGCUAAUAUGAAAAUUUUGGCCCGACCAAAAAUAAAGGCCACUCCUUCCAUCAUUUCCUUGCUUCCUCUCAAUCAACAAAGACAUUUGAGCAAUUGGACUCAUAGACCAACAAAGGACUUUGAAAAGGAAAAUAUUAUUGGAAAGGCUUCACAUGCCAGAAGACAAAAGGAAAAGAAAUUCUACAAGUGGACCGUCAAUCCUAGUGUUACAAGAAAAGAAAUUCAAGAACACAACGCUAAAGUCAAUGCUCCAGGUACUAAAAAAGAACAAGUUGUAUCAACAAGAAACAAGCAAUAUAUUGAUGAAAUAUACGCAGCCGCCAAACAACAUAAUCCAAAGGCUGCUAUUGAAGCAUAUCACAGAUGUUCUCACGGACUUGACAUUCGUGUAUAUUCAGCCAUCAUCAAAUCCAUGGAAAACGAUGCCAACCACAUUGGUGAUGCCUUCCAAGUCUAUAAUGAUAUGAAGAAGGGAGGUAAGAAGGGUAACGUUGCUACUUUUACUCACCUUUUGAAUGUGUGUAUUACUGCUAACCAUUUGACUCGUGCCUUGUAUGUGAUGAAGGAAAUGAUGCUUUAUGCAACUAUUGGUCAAAAAAGUAUCUCCCAAGCAACCAGUUUCUUCAAGAAACUCAUCAGACUUUGUUACAUUAACAAUGAACCAGGAAGAGCUGUUGCUGUUUAUGACUGUAUGAGAAAUGCUAAAGCUGGUGAAUUUAAACCUGAAGAACAAGUAACAAACGAAAUAUCAUUUGAAUAUAUUAGACGAGUAAUUUCGGAAGAAAUUAAAAUUCCAAAAGAAUCGGAAGAACUUAAAGAAUUUUGGAUUGCUAUGAACAAAGCUAAACGUCCAAGUUUCACUACUCAAGCCUCUCCAAUGCUCCCAUCAUCUUCAAACAAAUCUUUUGGUAUUGCUGGUAAAUCAGAACAAAGAGCCACUUUUGAAGCUGAGCUCAGAAAAUUGAAGAGAUUGACAGAAGUUGACGAAGAAGUUUCAAGAGAAAAUAAGGCAUUAGAUUUUGAUGAAUAUGGUUUAAGUACUCGUGAUCAUCUUGAACUUCGUUCAAUAACAUUGAAUACACCAAUGCUUGCCAAUGAUCAAUCUGAUGUUGAUCAAUCACUCAGACAAUCAUAUAAGACAGCAGCCUUUGAAUUCUCACAUGUUUUCUACUCUACACUUUUCAAUGAUAACAAUUAUACCCCAGUAGAUGUUUAUAGUACUCAUACAGAAACAUUGGCUGAACAAUAUGGUACUCUUUUAAAGAAUAAUGGACUUUCAGAAAAGGAAAUUAAAUUGGAAGUUGACUCAUUCAAGGCUUUUGCUGAAGCUCACUAUGAAGUCAUUGAACAACACUUGUCUGAAGAUGGUACCAUUACUUUCACAAAUGAAUAUUUGAAUGCUUUGAUUGAUGCUAUGGAAAAUAAUUGGACUCCAGCCUACAAACAUGACCACCAAAUUAUGUCUAUGAUUCCAACUGUUGCAGGUGCUUCAGCUAAUGACUCUGCCAUUCUUUUAUCUCAACCAAUGAAGACUUUAAUGGAUAAAUUUGUUGAAGCAGAAUCUUUGCAAGAACUGGACCCUGUUUUGGAUGAAUACAAAUCAGAAAUGAACAAGAUUACAAGAUAUGUCAAUCGUAAAGUUGAUUGGCAACCAGUUGUUUUGGGUGUUGAUGGUAGACCAUUCUUCCCAUCUGAAGAUAUCAUUUCAAUCGAUGAAGUCACAACUGAAACAAUUGAAAGAGCCAAACAAGCCUAUAUUGAUAGCAUCAAAGAUGAAGAAGUCAAGAAACAAAUUAAGGAAGAAUUCUAUGAUUAUAUUCACUUGGUUUGGAUUGAUGGUAAGGGUAGAGUUGUUGAAGGUAUCAGAGAUUCUGCUUCAAUGCAAAGAUCUUUCAAUUCUCAAGAUGUUUCUGAUUUUGCAAAAUUAUCAGGUGAUUACAAUCCUUUGCAUUUCGAUGCUGAUUUUGCUAAAAUACACGGCAUGUUCAAGGAUCGUAUUGUUCAUGGAGUUUUAGUAUCAUCAUUAAUCAGCAAUUUGGCAGGCACUGUUUUACCUGGUGCUGGAUCAAUUUACAUGUCACAAGAGUUGAAAUUUCUCAAACCAGUUUAUAUAGACCAAGAAAUAACAGUUUCAGUUCAAAUUAAAGAAGCCUUGUCAACUAAAAAAAGUGGAAACAAGAAAGUUAUUUUCAUUCUUGAUACUGAAAUAAGAGAUUCAAGUAAUAAGGAUUUGUUAGCGAACUUGUCCUGGGAAGACGCUGAAAUUGAUGAUAAACCAUUCUCAUCUACACAAACAACAGCAGGUGAUGAUGAUUGGGAAGACUUUGACCUUGAUGCUGUUGAAAAGAAGCAACAAGAAGAGUUGAAGAAAAAGCAAGAACAACUUGCUGAAGCAGAAAGACAAGAAAAGUUGAAAAAACAACAACAAAAAGAACAAAAGUCAAACAAGAAGGCUGAAACUAGAACAACCUCUUCAGGAAACGCACCAACAGGUGAUAAGAAGGUAGAAGGCAUGUAUUUGGAUUAUAUGGAAAAGAAAACAUCAUAUGACGAAGCUGAGGCUUUAAUUGGAGGUGCUGGAUCUGAAUUUGCUAAACCAAAAAUUGACUUGUUAUCUCCUAAAACAGAGAAGGAAUUUAACGAGUUUGGUGUUCUUGUUGCUGAUAAGUUAUUGGAAUUUGAAGAUAGUAAAUUCUACUUGGAUUUGGUCAAGAGAAUUGUAGAAGAAGCCACUAUUAAUUGGGAUAGUGCUCAACUUAGAGAAUUGACUAAACACGUCACCAAUGUUUCAAAUAAGAGAAUGGAAGAAGAAAAGGAAAGAAAGGCAGGUGGUAAGAAAAAGAAAAAGACUGUGAACAUUGAGAGAGAUCUCAGUGCUAGUGCUGAUCCAUUUUCUGAUUUAGGUGAUGGAACAGGUGGACGUACUAAGUAUGAUGAUGAUGAUUUUAUGUAAACGUGUAAAGUUAUUGAGUUUUGAGUUCUUUGAAAAAGUUGAGUUAUUAUUUUUCCGAGUUAAAUAACGAAGAAGAUGAACCAAUAAAAAAGUAGAUU